AAACCCCAUCAGCCUUUUUUUUUUUUUUUUUUUUUUUGCUUUUUGGUUAUUUAAACACUAUUCCCAAACCAUUUCUUAGUAUAUAAACAUACAUUGUCUUCAAUCUGAACCACACCUGCUCUCAUCUUUCCCUUCCAUGAUCAUAUAUUCAUAUAAACAAAAUAUUCUUUUCAAUUCCCUUCACUAUUUUUCAUACACCCCCAAAAAAAUAAAGAUAUAGAAGUAAAUUAUAUGCUUAUAGUUUUGAAACUAUUUCUUGCUUUCAUCUAGUUCACUUGUUCAAUCUGGCUCUCUUCAAAUUCUCUCUUCCUUAAUUCAACAUUUAUAAAAAUCUUUCUAGCAUGUAACUUCUGACAAAUCCAUCCACUUAUUCAGUUAAAACCCAAAAAUAUAUAAAAAAAAGAGAGAGAGAUCUUGGUUCGAUCUGGCUCGAAUUCAGACGAUCUUGUAGCGACAACUUUAUAAAAACAUACAAAUUAUGUAAGAUAUCCGCCACUCCCUAUUUUCAAAACAAAACCAAAAAAAAAAAAGAAACAUUAUAUUUUGUACCAUAUAUAUUUUGUUGAAAAUGGAGAGUAAGGACGGGCCAACGCCACCAGUAUCAGCUCCCGCAACACCUGGAACGCCUGGAGGUCCAUUGUUCACGUCUCUUCAUGUCGACUCAUUGUCGUAUGACCGCAAGUCAAUGCCUCGCUGCACAUGUCUGCCUGUUGCUGCACCAUCUUUCGGCGCACCACACACCUGCUUCACUGAUUUCCCUUCUCCCGACAUCUCUCUCACCCGAAAGUUAGGAGCGGAAUUUGUGGGAACGUUUAUACUGAUGUUUGCAGCCACAGCAGGACCAAUAGUGAAUGAAAAAUACACAAAUUCUGAGACACUAAUAGGGAAUGCAGCAUGUGCAGGGCUUGCAGUGAUGAUAAUAAUAUUAUCAACUGGUCAUAUUUCAGGAGCCCAUUUGAACCCGUCUCUCACGAUUGCGUUUGCAGCCUUCCGCCAUUUUCCAUGGGCCCAGGUCCCGGCCUACAUCUUGGCCCAAGUGUCGGCUUCCAUAUGCGCUUCGUUUGCACUCAAAGGUGUGUUUCACCCGUUUAUGUCUGGGGGUGUCACUGUUCCUUCUGUAGGCACUGGCCAAGCCUUUGCCCUUGAGUUCCUCAUCGCCUUUAAUCUCCUCUUUGUUGUCACUGCUGUUGCUACCGACACUCGCGCUGUAGGAGAACUGGCAGGUAUUGCAGUUGGGGCUACUGUUAUGCUCAACAUUCUUGUUGCAGGGCCAUCAAGCGGUGGUUCGAUGAAUCCGGUGCGUACUCUAGGACCAGCAGUUGCAACAGGGAACUACACGGUGCUAUGGGUGUACCUACUGGCACCAACACUUGGAGCCUUGGCUGGAGCUGGUGCCUACACAUUGGUUAAACUUCAAGGGGGUGAGGGAGAGCGACCACGAAGCUUUCGUCGGUAAAUUGGUUAUGGGGAUGCAGGGAAUUAUAUACAAGAGGCAUGUACGAUAGCUGCCCUUUUUAUUUAAGUUGUGUAUUUGGUAUAAUGUUAAUAAGAGGGGAUGCGACUGCAUGCAUGUCCCUUGGAACUGGUGUGGGAAUUAAGGGUGAUUUGGUGUAGGUGAAUGCAAGUGUGUGAUGUGAGAAUCGAAUGUAUGUUGUUAUAGGGUUGGAUGAUAAUUGUGAUGUUCAAAGUUGUGAUAUAUAUUUGAUGUCUUUAUUUUGUAA